GUCGAUGUGAACACAUAUGGUUUGAAAGGAAGUGAGACAAAAUUGAUGUCAAGGUUUACUGCGAGGUAAUGGACGUUGCGGAGCAGUUUGACAUCAUGGACAGUGAGGAGGAAACAGAGGACGAGGAGAUUGACCUGCCAUUGCCAGAUGCACAUCACACUGCAGUGAGAGAGGAAACGCCUCCGGUGUCCGCUUUGGGUGGUCGACAAGCGAUGGAGGAAGAUGUUCCCGGCGCUACUGCGAGUACCGGGACCAAAAACGUGAUGAGUGGACCACAGCCGAACACAGGUGGUGCGAAGGAAGGCAUCACAAACAAGUGCGGUAUGAAAGAAGUCACCCCAGGAUUCGUUUCGCUGGUGAGGAGAGUUCGCAAUGACAUAGAAGGAGCAGCGGACGACGAGAAUAAAAAUGUUGCUCACGCAGGCAAAGAAUCAGUGCACGGCCCUGAUGGGAUGGACAUAGAGGAUGAUCCCCUCUUUCACAUCCCGGACGACGCCCCCAAACAGCUUGCACCGGGUGAUAAUAUAUCAUAUGACAUGAAGGAGAUGAAAGGAGGACCUCACUUUCUAGAAACGAAGUACACAAAGUCAUAUGAACACGAGUGGGGGCAUCACAUCAUAUAUCAUUCGGGUCUUUUCGAGCCUUGUGUGAUUAAUGGCAGAUGGCACAUGGCUAUCCGAAUGGGUGGGAAAUGGGUGUUCAAGAAAAGAGUCCAGAGGAGAAGGUUUUAUGAAAUCGCAAAGGACAACUUGUAUACCCGUGUGAGGCAGACAAACAAAGAUGCGCCAGACGACAAAAUAUCAGAGAAAGUGAACUCAUUGUUCGAAUUCCUUCGUGAAAAUCACCUUCUCGAGUGUUGCGCUGCGUUCUACGACAAGAAAUCGAGUCCGUCAUAUGGAGCUGUCAUAUGGUGUCUGGACUACCGCUCAACGGACUGCAUGUACGACAGCGGCAUACUUGUGGGGUGCAGUCAAAGCCUUGAGGGACACAUGGGUGCAAGAAAGAAGAACGAGUCAGCAGCAGCAAGAGGUGGUGGCGAGAGUGUGGCAAACAAGGAAGGACAAUUCAGGAUGCAAAACACAAUGGGAGAUGAGGUCGCUGACCGGCCAUCGAGUACACCGCAACCAACACCUAGACCAUCAGAAGGCAUCAGUGCAGUAGGAGCCAGAAGUGAGACAACACCAACAGAAGGCGGGGAAGUUGUUGCACACGUGCAUGGCGAUAAAGCGAAGGACGAAAAAAUUGAAGAGGACCAGCAAAAAAAAGCAUCAGACGAAGAAGGGCCAAAAAUCGAGGCACAUAAGGGAGUGAAGGGGGUGGUAGGGAAUGUCGAUUGACAUUUCAAGCAAUCGUAUGGAACACACCAUAUGACUGUCAUCACUACACAGACGCAAGGCACCGACGA